AUGGAAAGUACUAAACGAGUGGCGAUAGAGAAAUGCAUUGGGUGUGGGAAGCAAGUUCCUAUGUUAGUUCCAUUAGGAGCUCUUAAUUCUGCCACACUGUGUUGUGAUUGCAAAAGCGCUAAUAAUAGCAAUCCAAACCGACCACAGUAUUGGGUGAAUAACGCACCAGCCAUUAUAUAUGUAAAUCAUCACCCUAACCAUGCAGCAGUACCAAUAUCUCAUCAAAACUCACUUAUUAGGCCACCACCACCUCCUUUUUCUCCCUAUGGCAACAAGAGGGCUCUCUUAAUUGGAAUCAGUUAUGCCAAACGCUCUAACAGGAUUAACGGUUCUUUGAACGAUGUCAACUCCAUCAAGUACUUCCUCAUUCACAAUUUGGAUUUCCCUAUUCAUUCCAUUCUCAUGCUCACCGAUGACAGAGAAGAGAAGGAUCCGAUGCGAAUCCCAACAAAACGGAACAUCGUACAGGCGAUGAAGUGGUUGUUGGAAGGUUCCCAGGCAGGGGAUUCACUGGUCUUCUAUUUCUCUGGCCACGGAGCCAGGGAAGUGGAUCGUAGCGGCGAUGAGAUCGACGGCUAUGAUGAAGCCAUAUGCCCCCUCGAUUACGAGAGAGAGGGAAACAUAAUCGACGACCAGAUCAACGCCACAAUUGUUAGGCCUUUGCCUCAUGGUGCCAAACUCCAUGCCAUCGUUGAUGCAAGCUUUAGCGGCACUGUUCUUGAUCUCCCAUUUAUUUGCACAACCAACCGAAAAGGAAAUUAUGUAUGGACGAAUAAGAAAAGGCGGAGAGGUGGUUACAGAGGCACAAAGGGAGGACUAGCAGUUUGCAUCUCAGCUUGUGGUGACGACGGAAAAGCUGCCGAAACGUCGGCGUUUAGCGGCAUGGAAAGCAGCGGUGUCUUCACCUACAGUUUCAUCAGAGCCAUGCAAGAGGAGCCUCCUCACUUGACUUAUGCUGCCUUGCUCAACGCCAUGCGCUCUACAAUCCGUGAAGCUAGUAAGGGGCAAUUUGGUCUUAUUGGUCGACACAAUGGGAUAUGCAUCUCAAGCCUUAGCUUAUGUUUGAUCAGAUUUUGUUCCUUUAUUAUUGAUGAGCGCAAUUUUAUUAAAAGGACACAAUAUGAUGCAUGAUGUGAGCACA